UUAGUAGAAUAUAUCAAUAAUUCCAUUGGUUUACGAUGGUUCGGCUGGGUCCGGAUCGAUUCAUCAAGAGGCUUUCAAGUCUCUAUGAGGAAAAUAAGGAUCAGGGAACUGUUUGGGUUACCAUGAAGCGAGUUGGGGAAGGCAAAAAACAACCCAAAGAAUCAGCUUGUCUGAUAAGAGCGACUGAUGGUAGAAAGAAAAUAUCGUGUUUGAUAACAAGUUCUUCCAAGAGUGUGGACUUUGAACAGCAGCUUAAUUCAUUGAUGGGGGUGCACUUGUUCGGAGCUGCUACGAGUCAGCAGAAGACGCGGAAACAAUCAAGCUCCUAUAAGAAGAAGAAGACCACCUAGUCGUGAUCUUCAGGUAUACUUGUAAUAAAAAAUGUACACUUUCA